GCAGCAGCAGCAGCAGCAGCAACAACAACACCGGCAAUGCCAGCUGGCUCAGAAGGAUCUUCUCAGUUCUGGAGCGACUUUUGGAACACUCUCCACCAAUUCACUCAUCCAUUCUCAUCCACCUUCUUUGAUUCCCUCUUCCCCGACAGCGGCAACAGCAAUCAGCCAGAACCACAACCACUGACACAGGCACAACCAACUGGAACUGAGUCUAGAACUGCAGCUGGAACUGGUGCAGGUGGCACACGGCACUUCAAGGACGAGGCCUCGUUUGAAAAGUUCUGGCGCGGGCUGCAAAAGGGCACGUAUCACCAUGAGAGCAACCCGAAUACGCCGCUGGAACAUGUCCAAGCUGCAUGGAUCGACUUUAAGUCUGCAACCUCUGGGUUCAUUUCUUCAAUCGAGUGGCAGCAGACGUGGAUACAGCUGAUUCUUGCCAUGCACUUGAUCAUAUUCAUUGCUAUUAUCCUCCUCCGCAACAAACCCAAUCCUCUGGCUGCCAUGUUCUUCUGUAUCAUUGUAUUGACUGCUCUAUCUGAGCCAUUGAAUAGUAUUGGAAGUCGCCAUUGGCAACUGUUUUCUGACGACAACUACUUUGACGCUCAUGGAGUCUUUACAAGUAUUGUCUGGGCCGCUCCUCUCCUCACGAACGCGAUCCUCGCAGUGCUGUUGUUGCUUCGAACUACGGUGAAGAUGCUGGUGAAAGUGAAGAGGGAACAACUCAAGGAUAGUAAGCGCAAGAAGCAGCAAUAAAAGAAACAAUCAUGUACUUCCUAC